GAUUACAGGGGCUGAGUUAUCCCCGGAGUGCUGGGCGGCGGGACACCCUUGCUAUUGGCUCUCCGCCUGGCUGCACCCUCAGAAAAUACCCGAAAGCCUCACUACCCCAGCCUCGAGGCCCCGGCUGCGCCCGGAAACCCUCCCUGGCUGAGGUUAAAGUGCAGUUCCCGCUCAAAGUGCUUGUAGGUGCGCCUUGGCACCGGCUACUCUGAUUUACUAGUUUCAGGGAAUGCACGGUGUAUGCCCUUGUUCCCCGUGAUUAUUGGGCGUUUCUCCAGUAAUAAGUUUUUCUAAAAUUUAUGUAAAACUUUUUUUUUUUUUUACGUAGAUCUUUCUUCUGGUUCCUGCGGAGUCUUGCUCAUACUCCAUUUUAAUGUGUCUGCAUACCCUUCCAUUUCAGGAAGGAAAGUUUCAAAUAGAAAUUGAGUACUGAAGCAUGUUUCCCAAUGGGCAGAACAGCUGCCGGAAACAUCUUUUGGUCUGUAGCUCUGGUCGUUACCGGGAUCAAAAGUGAAUCUCAGCACUAUUGAGUUCCUGGUCCCAUCCCCGCGGCCUCCCCUGCCCUGCUGGGCUGCGGCUUCCUAAGUUCUACAGCUCCAAGCCCCACAGGAGGGUGAGGGCAAGUGGUUUCAGAGUUGCAGCCCUCACUUUUUAACGUCCCAGCCAUUGUCCUUGAAACCCGAGCCCCCUCACCGCUCGCCCCCCAACUCCGGGUAGUGGCUGCGUAAAAGCAGAAGAGGAAGUGAAAGCAUAAAGUACAGUUGAUAGAGGUCCAGAUCCCGAGGAAAUCUCCAGCUAAAUGCUCAAAAUAUAAAACACUGAGCUGAGAUUUGCGAAGAGCAGCAGAAUGGAUGGAUUUUAUGACCAGCAAGUGCCUUACAUGGUCACCAAUAAUCAGCGUGGGAGAAAUUGUAACGAGAGACCAACAAAUGUCAGGAAAAGAAAAUUCAUUAACAGAGAUCUGGCUCAUGAUUCAGAAGAACUCUUUCAAGAUCUAAGUCAAUUACAGGAAACGUGGCUUGCAGAAGCUCAGGUACCUGACAAUGAUGAGCAGUUUGUGCCAGACUAUCAGGCUGAAAGUUUGGCUUUUCAUGGCCUACCACUGAAAAUCAAGAAAGAACCCCACAGCCCAUGUUCAGAACUCGGCUCUGCCUGCAGUCAAGAGCAGCCCUUUAAAUUCAGCUAUGGAGAAAAGUGCCUGUACAAUGUCAGUGCCUAUGAUCAGAAGCCACAAGUGGGAAUGAGGCCCUCCAACCCCCCCACCCCUUCCAGCACUCCUGUGUCCCCACUACAUCAUGCAUCUCCAAACUCAACUCACACUCCGAAACCUGACCACGCCUUCCCAGCUCACCUCCCUCCAUCACAGCCCAUGCAAGACAGCAGAUACCCCAUGGACCACAGAUUUCGCCGCCAGCUUUCUGAACCCUGUAACUCCUUUCCUCCUUUGCCGACAAUGCCAAGGGAAGGACGUCCCAUGUACCAACGGCAGAUGUCUGAGCCCAACAUCCCCUUCCCACCUCAAGGCUUUAAGCAGGAGUACCAUGACCCAGUGUAUGAACACAGCACCAUGGUUGGUGGUGCGCCCAGUCAAAGCUUCCCCCCUCCUCUGAUGAUUAAACAGGAACCCAGAGACUUUGCAUAUGAUUCAGAAGUGCCUAGCUGCCACUCCAUUUACAUGCGGCAAGAAGGCUUCCUGGCUCAUCCCGGCAGAACAGAAGGUUGUAUGUUUGAAAAGGGCCCCAGGCAGUUUUAUGACGACACCUGUGUUGUCCCAGAGAAAUUUGAUGGAGACAUCAAACAAGAGCCAGGAAUGUAUCGGGAAGGACCCACAUACCAGCGGCGGGGAUCACUUCAGCUGUGGCAGUUUUUGGUAGCUCUUCUGGACGACCCCUCAAAUUCUCAUUUCAUUGCCUGGACUGGGCGAGGCAUGGAAUUUAAACUGAUUGAGCCUGAAGAGGUGGCUCGGCGUUGGGGCAUUCAGAAAAACAGGCCAGCUAUGAACUAUGAUAAACUUAGCCGUUCACUCCGCUAUUAUUAUGAGAAAGGCAUCAUGCAAAAGGUGGCAGGGGAGAGAUACGUCUACAAAUUUGUGUGUGAUCCAGAAGCCCUCUUCUCCAUGGCCUUUCCGGAUAAUCAGCGCCCGCUUUUGAAGACGGACAUGGAGCGUCACAUCAACGAGGAGGACACGGUGCCUCUGUCUCACUUCGACGAGAGCAUGGCCUACAUGCCGGAGGGGGGCUGCUGCAACCCCCACGCCUACAACGAAGGCUACGUGUACUAACACGAGGACAGUCGGGCAGGGCCUCCGCGCUUUCCCUCUUUUCGGAAGCUGCAGAGAAUCCGAAUUCUCUUCAAUCUUUGUUUGAUUUUUGUUGUUUGUAUUUUAUUUUUAAAUAAUAAUACACAAAAAGGGGCUUUUCCUGUUGCAUUAUUCUAUGGUCUGCCAUGGACUGCGCACUUUAUUUGUGGGUGGGUGGGAGGAAUCUAAACACUUAUUCCGUGUAACAGGAAAGUAACGGGUGAAUGGGCGGGGGAGGGGGGAGUGGGGGAUUACUUUUUACUUUGGCUUGGGAUGGGGUCCUACAGGUUUUAAGUAUGAUGAAGCUAUAUCAUGUUUAUUUGAUUUCAUAACAACAUAAGAAAAUGUUCAUUUUUUUUUCCGGGUAUCUAUGGUACAGUUAAUUCAUGUUGUGUAAAUAUCCACUUGGAGACUAUUUGCCUUGGGCAUCUUCCCCUAUCAUUUCUGCGUCUCUGCAAGGUGUACAAAAAAAAUGUCCGUUUAAGUGUUAGAAAUUACUGUUUCUGCACCUCUUGUAGAAAGGUAUUUAGAGAUUGUAUUUGCUGGGUUUUGUUUUGUUUUGCUUUAUAUAUGACUCAACAGAGGAUGACCAUAAUAAGGGUAAUUCUCUCUGAAGUUCAGUAAUCACCAUGACUGUAAAUGAGGGGCACACUUUUGGACUCUGGCUCCAAGCUGAGUCACAGGCCAGUAGCAUUACAUGUAUCUGGUGCCACCUUGCUAUUUAGACACAAAUCAUACUGUUGUUUCAAUAUUUUGAAGCCCAUUUCAGUUAAACAAUGAUACAUCAUGGUCCUUGAGAUCUUCAUUUACAUGUUAAAUCUGGGAUCACCAUGAUGCAAAAAAUAUCUGUCUUUUCACUUCUUUCAGUACAUAAAAUAUUAUUUAAUCUGUAAGAAUUAACUGUACUAAAUCACAUAUUAUGCUGUUCUAGAUACAGCAAGCACUCCUUAAGAAAAAUAUCCAGUACACUAAAUAGGUACUAUAGUAAUUUUUAGAGAUGGUACCCAUUGAUAUGCAUCUAAAUCUUUUACUGCUGUGUUAUGUUGAUAACAUAUAAAUAUUAGAUAAUGCUAAUGCUUCUGCUGCUGUCUUUUCUGUAAUAUUCUCUUUCAUGCUGAAUUUACUAUGACCAUUUAUAAGCAAUGCAGUUAACUACACAUAGCAUUUCAGGACAAAAUAGAUGACUCAAACCAUUUAUUGCUUAAAAACUAGCUUACGCCAUGCUAUGCUCUAAGCAGCUUUUAUGCACAUUGACAAAUGAAGAGUAAGCUUCAGCUUGCUAAGGGAAACUGUGGAAACUUUUGUAACUUUCGGUGACAUGGAAAAUUAUUUACAAACUGUCAAAGUAUAUGAGGAAGUUGCUGUAUGACAUAGUGCUGGCACUGAAAUUAUCUGUCCCUCAUCUUGUUUUGGAUACUCAUGUAAAUGUGAUUGGAUUGUUUGAAAGAAGAUUUAAAUUUAAAGAUUUAAAGUUUCAAAGGUUUUUGUUUUGUUUUUGUUUUGCAUUUGGAGAAAAUACUUAAAGUAGGAUAUGUUGUACCAUUCACCUUGAAAAAAAAACCACAAGUAAAGGGUUUUAUAGUAUAUCUCAAUAGCUUGCUAAAUGAUUCACGCAAGAACUGUGAAUUUUGUUCAAUCCACAAAUAUCCCAAAAGAAUGACAUUUUUUAAAGAGUAUAUAUCAAAAUGUUAAAAAAAAAUCCUACACAAAUCCAAAAUCACCAUCAGAAAGCACUUCACCAAAUGCAGGACAGAUCGUUGAAAGAUCCAUCUCCUGGCUACCCUUUUUCCCACUUAUGCCUAAAUUGAACAGCUAUUGGCAAACCCACAUACCAUAAUCACUAUUAUUUACAUUUAAUCCUACAAAAGAUUCUAAUUUCAAUAUAUAUGUAUGUAACCUGUCAUUUCAAUAAUUAUUCCACACAUGCAUUAUACAUCAUCGGGCCCAUUGUGGGCUAAGAAGUAUGCCUUAAAAAUCUGAACUUGUAUCCCCCUCACUUUGCUCCUGUGGCCAUUUACUGAGAACGAAUUUUAAACUAUUCCGCUAAAGUUAUACUGGAAAAAGAAUUGACAUAUUUGAAGAAAUUGAAAGUGGGUCUUUACAAUAUGAUCUAAAUGAAAAGUGUAUUGAGGAUUCUGUGUCUUUUUAUUUUCUCUCUUUUUUUUCUCUUUUAAAAUUCUCUAGUUUGCCAGUGGGGAAGAAUUGGGCUACGAGUUACCUUAAGAAAUCAAAAGAAGAAUCGGUUUCACUUAUAUAAUAUUUAAGGACAAACUAUAUAUUUUGUUGUUUAAGGUGGUGACUCACUGAAUGGAAUAAUUGGCCAACAUUGAGGAUAUUUCCAAUACAGAAGGGUUUAAAACAUUGCAUUAUAAACUUUUGGGAAAUGUAUAUAAAUUUUUUUAAGUUCUGUUUUCAUUCUACUUUUUGUUUGGCUGUGUUUUUAUUUUCAGAUAGAUUAAUAAAUCUGGCAGCUGAUUUCUGCAAGAUUCUUGUGUUCUGAAUUUCUAACUGAAUUGGCUACUCCUCCAUAGAAAUCCAUUAAUAAUAUGACAUUUCCCUUCAACUUGGUAAGAGUCACUAAAAGAAGUAUCUCCCCUAGUAUUUGCUUCCUCUUGAUGACAUGCUAAUACCCAGCAGACUAAUUCUAAUAAAGAAUGUCAAAUCCCAGAUAGCUAGUGAAAAAUAAUUUUUCUUAAGUUAUGCCUAUUAAAAGUGCUUAAAAAUAAAAAUCUGAAAGGCUGACAGUGCAGAGCAAUGUUCUCAAAUAAUAGAAGGAUCUUGGAGGUCAUUUAAUUAAACCUUUUUACGGAUUGUACGGGCAUACCUCGCUUUAUUGCGCUUUGCUUUAUUGGGCUUCACCGGAGUUGCACUUUUUACAAACUGAAGGCAAGAUCCUCCACCAGCAAAAAAAUAACGCCUUGCUUUCUUGAGAUACUGGCUUUAUUAUAGUGGCCUGGAAUGGAACCCGCAAUAUCUUUGAGGUAUGCCUGUAUUAGUUUCCUGUAGAUGCUGUAAAAAAUGACCACAAAUUCAUCAGCUUAAAGCAACACAAAUUUACCCUCAUAGUUCUGGAGAGCAGAAGCCCAAAAAGAGCCUAAAAGGGCUAAAAUCAAGAUGUCUGCUGGGCUUGUUUCUUCUGGAGGCUCCAGGGGCCAACCCCAUCCUAGCAUCUUCCACUUUUAGAGGCUGAUGACAGCUCCUGGCCUCUGGCUUUUGGCUCCAUCACUUCAAUAUCUUCUUU